AUGGAGGGGGAAGAAGACAGCUCACGGGCUAUUCCUGGGGCUUCACUUGGAGGCCUCCCGACACCGGCCUCCAGGGCCAGUUUUCGCUUGGGGAGCGUCUUCAAUGGGCAGGAAAUUGGGUGGGACGAUGCAAUCGCGACGAGGAGGCGUGAAGAGGUGCGGGAAUGGGAGUCUCUAGGACCUGGCCCGGUGACGGAGGAGCAAGGAACACGGGGAAAGGAGAAGGACCCGGAUUGGAGGCCGGCUCCGGGGGAGGCGGCCGGCACGAGUGGAGGAUCGGGUGAUGAGGGUUGGGGAGGGAGAGGAGCGGGCCAGGCUGGUGGCAGUGGCGCGCGUGGCAGCGGUGCAGCAGCAAAGAGGCCACGCCCGAGUGGGCCUGUGGGGUCGGGAGCUGGAGGGGCCGGGCCGGCGUCGAAUUCGCAGCCGCAGGGGGCAGCCGCGGGUGGUUCUGAGGGGUCGGGCGCAGCAGGGGCAGGUACCUCCGCCGCUGCGGCAGGUGGUGCACCUUUGGGUGGGUCUACGGGGGCUGGAGCUGCUGCUGUGAUUGCAAGCCAGAGGUCCGACAGGGCGGGCAGGACCCCUACCGACGAGGAGCUGGACCCAUGGACUGAGGAGGUGCUUAGGAAUGCAGAACCCGGCCUGGUUCGUGGCAUGUUCAGUGAGAAGGAUGUGAACGAGGCUAGGAAUUGCAAGAUUUGCAAGAAGAAGAUUAGCUGGAAAGGUAGUUGCACGAGCACGGGGAAGAGACACCUUAAGAGGAGCCACUACCCCAGUCUGCAGAUCUGGUGUCGGCGUUUCAAGGAUCCAAACAAGCCAGACAACCUGACGUUUCCCGAUGGGGGAUGGGGUCCGGAUGUCCCCGACCAGACAGCGUGGCCUUGGGAGCAUGCAGCCACGUGGCCCAGGAUUGUACAGACACCAGACAGCGCUGUGACUGGCGGAUCCGAGGCUGGUGGGAGUAGGCAGAUGAGCAUGGCCGCAUUCGUCACGCCGCGUGUUCAUGGCCGGCAGCUGCGCGAGGGAUUGGUGCUGCUAUUUGCGGCAGCUGACCUUCCGUUUCGACUUGUUGAGUGUCGCGAGGCAUACGGGGAGGCUGCUCGGGAGGACAUGCGGCAGCUACUGGUGGGUGAUGGCCUGGCGGGAAGGAUGUCCCUCACCUUUGACAUCUGGACCGGUGAGAACAACGUGGCCUUCAUGGGGGUGACUGCCCACUAUGUCACCAGCGAUUUCCAGCUAAAACAGGCUGUUAUAGACUUCAGGGAGCUUAAGGGCUCUCAUACGGGGGACUUGAUAGCCGAUGAGCUGGAGGAGGUGUUGAGGGAGUGGGGCUUGGAGAAGAUGCUGUUCGCCGUGACGUGUGACAACGCCGAGAACAACAGCAGGGCGAUGCGUCUGCUGGCCGGUGUACCUGACGCCAGGCCGGGCUCACGGCCCAGGCACCCACCACUGCUCAGUCGCUGGAGGCACUUCAGGUGCAUGGCGCACGUCGUCAACCUUGCAGUGCAAGCUGCACUGAAGGUUGACGAGGUGGCCGAGCCACUCAAGAGGCUGCGAGACGUGGCGAACUACAUCGGCUGGUCCACACUGCGCACAGAUCGUUUCUUCGAGCUCCAAAAGGGAUACGCGGCGACCCGGCCCCAGGGUCCUCCCGGUUCUCGGCGACCAUCGGGUCCGUUGCGUUUGAUCGUGGACUGCGUGACGAGAUGGGGUUCUACACUCCACAUGGUGAACAGGGGCUUCGAGCUGCGCAUGCCCAUUGCCAUGUUUUUCGACGAUUCAGAUUACAACGCGCUGAUUGAUCUGCAGGAGAAGGCACAGCGCACUCCUGGCAUCUCCCCUCUGCGCUCAUCGCUGAUCACUGCUGCUCUGAGCAAGCUGGAGCGACACAUGGGGGGUGUGAGCGAGGAGGCAGCGAUAGCCACUUUCUUGGACCCGCGCCAGAAGCUCGCGCCCUUCAAGCACCGAGCCAGGGCAGCAGAGGGGAAUUCGAGAGGGACAACACUGGAGCUAGGACCUGAUAGGGUGAAGGCCCUGGUACGAGCGCGCCUUCCAGAGUACCAGGCAGCCAGCACCACGGCGCUGCGAGAUGGUGGGGAGGUGACUAGUGCGAGGGGUGCAGGGGUGCAUGCGUCGGCAGGGGGUGGGGCUGUGGAUGCAUCGGCAAAUGUCAGCAUCCAAUAA